AUAAAAAAAAAAAGUAUUUUAAAUUCACAAAUGCUUAUAUUGUCAUUCAUCUUUUUUUUAUGGUUGUCACUGUCAAAAUGUGAAAAUUUUUUUGGUUACAAAUUAUUGUAAUGCAAAAUGUGCGAUUAUUGUUCAUGGAUUAAAACGGCCCUUGAAAAAGCGAAAAUAAAAAAAAAUAAUGUCGAAGAGACAAAUUGCGAAACUGUAGAACCUGUGAUUAUUGUUCACGGUGGAGCGGGAAGAAUUUCGAAAUUUGAGAGAGAAUUCAUGUUACAGGAAGUGAAAAAUGCAGCGAGGGAUGCAUAUGAGAAAUUAAUCAAAGGCACGAAUGCAAUUGAUGCUGUUGUUCUGUCAAUAAGUCAUAUGGAGGGUAAAAAAUAUUUUAAUUGCGCAAAAGGUGGUUCACUUGAUAUCAAUGGAGAGGUUGUCAUGGAUGCUGCUAUUAUGAAUAGCAAUUUUGAAGCUGGGUGUGUUGGAGCUGUAAGAAAUAUUGAACAUCCAAUUAAUUUGGCAAAAGCAGUUUUACAAAAAACAGAUCACAUUUUACUAGUAGAAAAUGGAGCUCAGAGAUUUGCUUCUUCUAUGGGAAUUCCCUUGUUAUCUCCAGGUUCGCUUCUUUUUUGUGAAGCUCCACCUCAAUCCAUCAACUCCCAUGAUUUUGUAAAUUUUGAAAUUGAAGAUGAAUAUGAAGAAUUUGAUAUUUACAUUCGCAAAAUUGUUAAACAUUUAGUUGAAAAAACUUUGUCUUUGGAAAUUUCUCAAGAAAAAUUAGCUGAAUGCGUUGCUAGAAGAUUGACAAAUACGGAAAAGGAAGAAAAAAAAUUAGAAGAAGAAGAAGAAGAACCAAUGAAUCUUAAUGUGAACGCAGUUGGAGCUAUUGCCUAUGAUAGGGAAAGAAAUUUUGUUUGUGGAACUUCCACAGCUGGCAAGCGGGGAAAAAUAGUUGGUUCCAUAAGUUCAAUUGGAACAGUUAUUGGUUGUGGAAUUUUUGCUGAUCAAUUUGGUUGUGCUUCUUUUUCUGGUGAAGAUAAAUCAAUUUACGCUUACGCACCUGCUCGAAAAAUAGUCGAAAAACUCAAAAUGAACGCAAACACCGAAUCGAGUUUAAUGGAACAACUCGACAGUUUUGAAAUGGAAACGAAUGAAUCAAAUAUAGGAGCAAUUGCUCUGAAUGCCGCAGGUGAACCUGCAGUAUUUUUCAAAUCAAUGCAUUUUCCCUGGGCAAUUUGUCAGAAAAAUCAAAUUUAUUAUGGAUGUGUAAAGGGUGAAAAAUUUUCAGAAAGAAUUUCAAACUUGGAAAAAUCUUUUGGUUGUGUGUGUGAAAAGUAAAAUGGAAAAUUACAUUCUUCUGUUGAUCAAAUGGACCAUAUAAAGACAAUAGAGGAGAUAAAUUUGCCAAAUUUCCUUUUAAUAAUCUAUCAAGAUCAAUAAGCAUUCGAUAAAUUACAUUUUCCUUCUUUUUAGAAAUUU